AUUGUUUUUUCUGUGUAUGGUCACUUGUAUUUAUCAUGGAAGCACACGUGAUGAGAUCAAAAGCUGUACAGCUGGGCCUCUCUGAGGGAGACGGCCACAGCCAGGCACAACCAAAAAGUUCAUAGCCUUGGCAACACGGUUUCAAGGAUUGUGCAGAGCCGGUGGAUCAAACAUGCCCCCUCCAGCAGCAACCAAUCUAGGCUACACCCCACCAGAUGGAGGCUGGGGCUGGGCCAUCGUUGCUGGCGCUUUCAUCUCCAUAGGAUUCUCCUAUGCUUUUCCCAAGUCCCUCACCAUCUACUUUAAGGAGAUUCAGGAAUAUUUUUCGGUUUCCUACAGUGAGAUUGCCUGGGUGUCCUCAGUCAUGCUCGCUUCUAUGUAUGCAGGAGGACCUUUGAGCAGUAUACUUGUCAACCGCUACGGCAGCAGACCUGUGGUUAUGGUCGGUGGGGUCAUGGUUUGCACUGCCAUGGUGCUUGCUUCAUUUGGCACUACUAUCAUUCAUCUCUAUCUUUGUGUUGGAGUAAUUGGAGGUUUGGGCCUUGCCUUCAAUCUGCAGCCAGCCCUGACAAUCAUCGGUUCCUACUUCCAGGUCAAAAGGCCACUAGCAAACGGACUUGCUAUGACAGGGAGUCCGGUUGUUCUGUGCACUCUUGCUCCUCUCAAUCAGUUUCUGUUUGAUUCUUUUGGCUGGAGAGGGAGCUUUCUCAUCCUGGGAUCCAUUGUGUUGAACUGCUGUGUGGCUGGUUCUCUGAUGAGACCAGUCAACAAAAAUGUCAAACCCAAACCAAAAGCUGAACUACCGGAGUGUAACGGCGGUGAAGAAGCUGCUACUGCGGACAUUGCUACACAAAUAGAUAACCUCCUCCCUGAAGAAAACCAAACUGAGAGUAAUAGUCAGAGCUGCAUACAUAAAUUUGUAGAUGUCUCACUUUUCAGACACCGAGGUUUCCUCAUUUAUCUCGCUGGUAAUGUGGUCAUGUUUUUUGGCUUUUUUGCGCCUGUGGUUUUUAUGGCCCCAUAUGCCAAACAUCUAGGGAUUGAUGAGUAUUCAGCAGCUUUCUUGCUCUCUAUUUUUGCUUUAACGGACAUGUUUAUCAGACCAGCAACUGGCUUCAUAGGCAACACCAAGUUGGUCAGACCAAGAAUCCAGUAUUUUUUCAGUUUUGCUGUUUCGUACAAUGGUUUAUGUCACCUUAUGUGCCCACUGGCAUCUGGAUAUGUGGGUCUUGCAAUCUAUGCUGUAUUCUUUGGUUUGGGUUUUGGGAUGGUUUCUGCACUGCUCUUUGAAGUCCUCAUGGACCUUGUUGGUGCUCAUCGCUUCUCCAGUGCGGUUGGGCUCGUCACCAUUAUUGAGUGUGGCCCAGUGCUUCUUGGACCCCCACUUUCAGGAGCCCUGGUUGAUAUGUUUGGAGAUUACAAGUACAUGUACUAUGCGUGUGGUGUAUUUAUGCUGGUGCCUGGCAUAUUUUUCUUCAUCAUGCACUACUACAACUACAAGAGACUGGACGAGGAGCAGAGGCAGAGUGUGGCUGUGAAGAUGAAGACUUCUGUAGACGCAGUAAAACUUCAAAUGAGCCAGAAUGAUAACAUAGUACAUGAAACAAACGGAUGAACUUACUGAAUAUGAUUUUAUUUUAGUGGAUGUUGAAAGAUGACACUGUACCUCUUUUACUGCAGGCCUGACAGUAUAUGGGGUACUAUUGCUAGGAAUGAUUUUCUACCCUGGAUCAGGUGUUGGACUCUUUGGACAUUUGGAAAAUAUGUGAGGAUUAAUGUAUGGUAUUUUAAUAGUUAUUUUAUAUACAGUGUUGUUAUUAUUACACUAUGUGAUAACUGCAACUGUAAAGGCUUUCAAUCAUAAAUUAUCCAGAAGUGUCUGUUCCUUCCAGUGCAGUUAUCCUAAUGGCUCUAUAAGCUUAUAUGGUUCCCCUGUGUUUCUUCAGUGGCUGAAUAUAAAGUCAUUUUCCUGAGGGACCAUUGUAAAAUAAUGAGUCGUAACCUACAACCCAGAGCCAAGGUGCCACAGUUUAUUAUCAUCUUCUGACCACUAGAUGGCACUGGACACUAUCAUGUGAAAAAUUAAGGUGCCACGCAUCUCUGCUAUUAAACUGCAAUUAAACAGGCA